GCCUGGUGGCUGCUACGGUCUGAAUCUGUAUGCUAGAAUCCCAACGGCCCCAGUGAUGGUAUCAGGACGGGACCCUGGGAGGUUUCAGCUGGGACCACUGCCGUCACUGGACGCCCCUCAGAGCUCCCUCGUCCCUCCUGCCGUGUGAAGACCCGGUGCGAGGGCAGCCAUCUGUGGAUGGAAGCAGGCCCUCACCAGACACCAUCAGCCUCCAGGACCGUGAGAAACCAGCGUCUGUGGUGUUCAGCUGUAACGGCCCAAACAGACUGAGACAAAGGCCCGGGAGGGGCCGGGGUGCUGCGGAGGCCGGCAGGGAGCACCCAGCAUGGUCCCUGAGCACAGGCGAGGACGGGCCCCAGGGCCGGGAGGGCCGGGGCCGGUCAUGGUGGAGAUGCUGCGGAGGACCUGUGCUCAGCAGCUGCAGCCCGCACCAGGCCCGCGUGCACCCCGCCCAGCCGCGCGCACCUCCUCCUGGAGGCCCCUGCGUGCCUGGUGCGGAGCCAGGGCCUCACCUGCACUCUGCGCUGCGGAGAGAGCCGCCCCGCCCCGCCGGACAGAAGGGGGCCUGCUGCCGGCCAGCGGCCGGCGUUCUCACGGCUCAAAGGCCCGUCAGAGAAACAACCCCAUCACAGGACCUGUCUCUUAACCCAAAAGCAACGCUGCGUUUCCUCCCGUUUCUCCUGGUUUCAAGUGCUCAUACGUACGUGAUGUGUUCUUUCGAUGAUAUACUCGCAUUUUUAACAAACAAUGCGUGUGUGCAGAAGCGGGUGAGAUCCCGCGGGUGAGCCCAUAGUCGCAGUGCAGCGCACUCUGCCAAGGCUGGAGUCCCGUCUCCUGGGGGCAGUGCCAUCCCCUGGCCGUGGAAGAGGUCACCGCUGGGGGCUCAGGGGAUGGGACUGUUUCUGCAACUUCUCGCGUCUAUAACCCCUCAAAACCAAAGACAAAGAAAGAGAACGCUGGGCAGGGUCUGGGGAAGGGCAGCAGGCGCGCCAGUCGGCUGCGAAGGUGGCCAGAAGCAGCCCCUGAGGCAGCCCCAAAAGCAAGCCGGGGAGGCGGAUGGAAGGCGAGGAGGAAGGAGGCAAGUGCCGGAGACACUCAGGAGCUGACAGCGUGGGCGGCGGAGAAAGGCCCCCAGCCCCAGGCGGAAUUCAGAAACCUGGCAAAGAGUGAGCUGUGCUUUGAGCCUCAUGACCCUUGGUUCCAUGCCUCUUUAAACAUCUGGAUUCCCUGCCAUAACAUCUGUUGCUGCCUAUAGCUACAAUGAAGUGUCGUCUUGGAACCUAGUGUAUGUUUAAGAAUGUGUUGCGCUAAGUUGCUCAGUUAUGUCCAACUCUGCGAUCCCGUCGCCUGUGGCCUGCGAGGCUCCACUGUGCGUGGGAUUCUCCAGGCAAGAGGGCUGGACCAGGCUGCAUUUCCUCCUCCAGGGGACCUUCCCAGCUCAGGGACUGAACGCACGCCUCCUGCGUCUCUUGCCUCUCGCAUUAGCAGGUGGGCUCUUUAGCACUAGGGCCACCUGGGAAUAAACUUCUGCAAAAAAAGAAAAGGGAAAACAUCGGCUGCGGAGCCGAGAUGUAGGAAGUCACACCGGGUGACUGACUGUUUUAGUGAGGAAGCGGAUCCUUGGAGGUGAGGACUGAAGCCCCAGGCGGGAAGCUCUCCCUUCAGCACCUGCGUCUUCCUCCACCCUGCGCGCUCACCAGCCUCCCUCCCCGACCUCCCGGCAAGCGGAAACGACACUGCUGCACAGCUCAGGCCGCCACUGGGCAUGCGUUGGGUGUGGCGCUCUGGGGAGUCCUCCUCGGCCUGCCCCUUGGCCUCACUGCCUUUCAUUCCCUCGGAGCACUUCAAAAUCCUUAAAACUAACAGGUGCCAAGGAAUUCUGAUGUCGAACUGAGCGCGGCCCUGGGGCUGCCUGGGACUUGCAAUCACCUGCCCAGGUGCAGCCACCACGUGCCACUUCUCACAGAAAUCAAUUUACAAAGAACAAACCAGUGAAAUACAGACACUCCGCAGGCAGCACCGCCUGCAGUCGAUCCGUUUCCAGAGCAGAACAGGGGCGGCUAAAGCAGCAGAAAUGCACAAGGCGGCGUUUCUGUUGAGCUUUUGUUUUUCGCUUUCAACUGCUUUUUACUUCCACGCGGGGGAACGAGAGGAGAAAUGCAUAAUAGAAGACAUUCCGAGCGACACCCUGAUAACAGGGAGUUUCAAGAUACAACAAUGGGACUUAGGCAGACACGACUUCCUUGAAUCUGCUCCUGGUCUGGGAAUGUUUGUGACCGUUACAACUUACAGCGAUGAGGUAUUACUGUCAAAGUUAUAUGGCCCACAAGGAACGUUCUAUUUCACUUCACAUUCACCUGGUGAACACAUCAUUUGCUUACAAUCUAAUUCUACAAGGCUUGUGUCAUUCGGAGGGAGUAAGCUGCGGAUCCACUUAGAUAUUCGAGUCGGAGAACACGACCUUGACGCAGCCAUUACUCAAGCAAAGGACAAAGUCAAUGAAGUCAGCUUCAAGCUUGAACAUCUCAUCGAGCAAAUUGAGCAAAUAGUCAAAGAACAGAACUAUCAAAGGGACCGUGAAGAAAAGUUCCGAAUGACCAGUGAAGACACAAACAGCAACGUCUUAUGGUGGGCAUUUACACAAACACUAAUCUUUAUCUCAGUUGGAAUUUUCCAAAUGAAGUCCCUUAAAAACUUCUUCAUAGCUAAGAAACUUGUAUAAAAAUAAAUUUAAAAACAAAGGCAAAUAAUUACCUUCUACCUUGCACGAUGUUUGAGUUAAUAAAAUAUAUUCAUAAGUGU